GUUGUCGUGUCCCCACCGCGAGCCAGCCCUUGUAGGGGCAACUUGUCGCAGCUCGACUCCGGGCAGCUCGCAGUCUCCGCUUGGAAUUUAACGUCACUGCAUCGUCCAGCCAGCCCUUCGGAAGAACUUUUCCAAUACUAUAUCAUUUUUCGUCCAGUCAACUUUGGCGCGUUAUCAUGGCUACUUAUACCGUAAAGGGAUACAAAACGAGGACCAAGCCAACGACGUUGGACAAGUUUGCCAAAAUCAUUGCGGACAACACAUCGACAAUAAAAGACGUUGAUUUGACUUUGAAAAAUUCGACAUCGCUGAUUCACACCAUUGCAAGGAGUUGCAAACGGAGUUUGACGAAACAAUUCACCAAGCAGCUGCAAACAUUGUGGAGUGAAGGUCUGUUGAAGGAAAUGGUGGAAGAGGAGUGGAGGAGCCGCAAGGUACCAAAUAAGCCACUGGCAACUUCCAGCCCGAAAGCGGAAUCAAGUAAAACAAAGCUGGAAAAAAACACUGAGAGAUCCACUGACUCAGCCUAUCAAUCGAUCGAAGAACCCGAGGAAAAAUCGAUCCGUGAAGAAGAUGGAAAAGAAAAUGUAAUCAUGGGUUCAAUAAGUUCGGAAGACGAUGCGAAAUCCGAAAAGAGUGAGCCAAUAAUUCGUGCUGGGAGGAAACGUUUGUUCAGAGAACUCUCGGUUGACAUGGACAGCUUGACCCCUUUACCCAAGUUAAGGAGGCUCAAUUAAAGUUUGAAAAAAUUGAGAUACGGUAUAAAUCAAAAGAAGUACUUUAAUUAUUUGUUAUUGGUUAAUUUAUUAUUAAUUAGCGCAAAAAAUGUGUUUAUGUUGGAUAAAUUUGUCAAGUGCCGCUACAUAUAAUAUAAUUAUAUCUAGUCUACGCAAAGGUAAAGAAAUUUUGUUGAAUUUAUAUUUUUUGUUUGUUAAAUUUGCGUGAAAAUUAUAAUAUGCUAUGAAUAUAAUCGUUGUUGUGUACAAAUUAUACGCACUUUAAGUGAAAUUGUAAUAAAUUUAAUUGUUUCGAGUUCAAAA